AUGAACACCGCACCGGGGGUGCGGGAAGCAAUGCGCGGGGAGGAGGUGGGGGUGGGUUUGCCUCAUUCUCACUCCUGUUCCGAUUGGGGAUCAAUUUUGUUUUGUUCCAACGGAACUGUGCCCCAGGAGCGGACUCCGACGAUCAAGUUAGAUCGACUGAUAGAUCUGAGAUGGUUCUCCUUAGCUGGAGAGAAUCAUCUUGGUGCAGUCAUUGGUACACAAGAGUAUAAGGCAAAUAGAAGAGAAUUACACAAUCACGACAUUCAUCACGCCCUUCGUGCUGAUUUGGUGGAGCACGUUUAUAUGACUCAUAUUCAGCCACCAAUAGAGUAUUGUUACGAUGAUUUGUUUGACAAAUCAGACGAUGAUUUUGAUAUGUUCGUCGAGAGCCAAGAUUCCGAUGACGAGGGUGCCGUUCAGGAGAAUGAUGAAGACUAUGAGGUCGAUGAUGAGGACGAUGAUUCCGAGUGA